AUCAACGAUACGACCGGUUGCCAAAGCCGGUGUCAUGUGGCACGUGUGAAUUUUUGUUUUGUUACCAUUGCUUUUUGAUCGCUCUUUCUUUGCUAAUCGCUUUCUAGUGGAACAGGACUUUGGUUUUUCUCAACAUGAAAAUUCGCCCACAAAAACAUGUGCGUUUAGGCUUUCUGGGAAAGUCUAAAAAACAAACCCGAUCAAAUCAGGUGAAGACCAGGAAAGAAAUUCGCAAAGAGAAAAGGCAGCAAAAGAAGAUAAAUCGCUUCAACUAUCACAGCCGAAAGAAGUCGGAUCGCUAUCAGCGAGACGAGGAACAGGAUUUACAAACGCAACAGGCUGGAAAACGGAAGCGGAAGGCCGACAGCGAAGAGGAUGAGUUUGACGACGAGGAAAUUGACUCGGAUUUCGACGAGGAGAUAGACUCGGCGGACGAGGAGGCAGCGACAAAAUGUGCAGAUAAUGGCAAGAGCCAGCUGGAAAAGGAGCGCGAAGAGGAACUACGUGAGCUGCGAAAUUACGAGCUUGGACUGAAGGAGAAACGCAUUGCCCAACUGCAAGCGGCCAACGAAGAGGAUGACUUGGUUAUUAAAAAGUACGAGAAAUUGCUUAGAAUUAACCGGAGGAAAAACAAAGAGGGAGUGCCAAAAAGUUUCAACGAUGGUUUGGAUUAUGCGUUGGAACUGUGCACGGAAGAUAAUGUGAAAAAGAUGUAUGAAGCCGCUAAAGAGGCGGCAGAUAUGGAGCACGAUUCGGAGGAUGAGUUUGCGGAUGAUUUUGGAGAAGUGCUUGGACGAACGAAAAAGGGUAAAGUGGAGCAGUUAGUUGUCAAAGGAAAAGGGGAAAAGGCGCAGCAUGCCAAGGAUAAGAAGCGAAUGGAGAAGCUGAAGGAGAUCGAGCAAAAGUACCUAGGGGAUGAUGGUGUGGAUAGUCUGGAUGGAUUCGAUUCCGAGCUGGAGCUUGACGAGAAUGCUGAUGAAGACUACUCGGAAAAUGAUGAACUGUAUGAUUCGGAAGAGGACCAAGCUUCUGAGUGCAAUUCAGAAGACGAGGAAGAAGGACCUGCAUCGAAAAAGAAGAACUCAAAAAAGGUUUCUUUUGAGGAAGUAAAACCGCAAAAAUCUAAGGAUAGAAAGAAGAAACAUUCAGAAGCGGAAACUGAAGAACCUGCAACAAAAAAGAAGAAGAAAAAUAGUAAAAAUGCGACUUCUGUGGAGACAGAACCAAAAAAAGCUAAAAACAAGAAGAAAAAACAAUCAGAGCCAGAGCCCGAAGAAGAUUCCGAGUUCGAUGAAGAUGUGUUCGGUAGCAUUGGUGAAGAUAGUGAUCAGGAAGAAACCGAUUCGGAGAGCACGCCUAAAGAGGAAGUCGAAGAGCCAACUGGAACGUGGGAGGAUAUAUAUGGUCGUAAACGGGACCAGGAAGGGAACAUAAUCAAAGAAGGAUCCGGUAGCGGCAAGUAUAUUCCACCACACAUCAGGGCUCGAAUGGAGAGCGGGACAGCUUCGGAUGCUAAACAACAGGAAAAAUUGCAAAAAUUAAAACGACAGCUGAAAGGUCAAAUCAAUCGACUGGCAGAGUCCAACGUACACCGCAUCUCAAUCGAAUUGGAUAAUUUGUACAUGCAACAUGCACGUUUCGAUAUGAACAGUACGCUAACGGAUUUGAUCCUGGAAGCGAUCGUAUCUCAGUCGCUUGCACCGGAGCGGAUGGUACUCGAGCACACACUACUGGUCACCAUUCUGCAUGCCAAUGUUGGUUCGGAAGUGGGCUCGCACUUUUUGGAGACCGUUGUUGAGAAAUUUAACUCCAUGAUCGGGAGAAUCGACGCCUUUGAUGUGAAAGAUAAAACGCUGGAUAAUUGUGUGUUUAUCUUAUGUCAUUUAUACACUUAUCAAAUCUUUAAAAAUAAGCUUAUGUAUGAUGUGAUUGAUCGGUUGUUAGAUAAUUUUUGCGAGAAAGCGGUGGAAUGUAUUCUGUUGGUGCUCAGAUCUAUCGGAUUUGUUCUGCGCAAGGAUGACCCUCUGGCACUGAAGGAAAUGAUUCAAAAAGUUCAGAAGAAAGCUGCAGAGGCUUCUGAUGAAAUGAAGAAUGACGCGCGAGUGAAAUAUAUGCUUAACAGUUUGUUGGCAGUGAAGAACAAUAAUAUGAAUAAAAUACCUCAAUACGAUCCAUCACUGGUGGAGCAUUUUCGCAAAAUACUGAAAGGAAUGAUUACAAGCGGUAAAUAUGUUAGUACACUGAAUAUCGGUCUGGAGGAUUUGCUGAAUGUGGACGAAAGAGGCAAAUGGUGGUUGGUUGGAUCCGCUUGGCAUGGGAAUAAGGACGGUAAAGGGGUUGGCAAAGAGGGAUCCGAUACGAAGAGCAGCGAAGGAGGUUUUAGUCAGCAGUUGCAGGAAUUGGCCCGCAAACAACGAAUGAAUACGGAUGAUAAGCGAAGUGUUUUUUGCGUGAUUAUGAGUGCCGAAGAUUACCUUGACGCGUUUGAUAAGAUUCUUCGAUUAGCUAUCAAAGAUCAACGAGUGGUGGUUACAGUUAUAAUCCACUGUUGUUUGUCCGAAAAGGAUUAUAAUCCGUAUUAUAGCAUACUUUCGCAAAAGUUUUGCGAAUACGAUCGCCGCUAUCAGUUGGCACUCCAGUAUGCUCUGUGGGAUCGGUUGAAAGACAUACACGCGCUCAAGCAAGCAUCGGUACGGAAUCUUGCCAAGUUACUCGCACAUCUGAUUGCCGAGGGUGGAUUGGCAUUAUCCGUUCUGAAGGUGAUAGAAUUUGCGGAAAUCGACAAAGUUACGCUCCGGUUAGUGAGGCAAAUUAUGCUGGGAAUUCUGCUACUGGAGGAGGAGAAUAAGUGUCUACAGGUUUUCAAUCGAAUCGCCCCUAGUUUCAAGCUGAAAGCGUUCAAGGAUAGUUUGCGACUAUUCCUGAACCACUUUCUGUUGAAAGGAAGCGAUAAAUCCAGUGUGCCGGAAGAGGAAAUGCAGCUACUGCAGCAACGAAUCGGUCUUGCGGAACGGAUGCUGGAUACUUCCGAAUCGAGAGUAAAAUUUUGAGCUGGUUUUUGUCCCAAAAUAAUUUUUUCAUAUACAAGAAUUUGAAGAAAUUCCUGUUCGGACGUCCGACAAUGAAAGAUGCUCUUGUUGAAAAUCAUUAUUUUUCGAUUUCUCACUUUUCUGAUUUAUUUCGCCUUGCUCCACAUUUGCUGACAAAAAACAGUUUUUUGGGGAUUUGUUUUCUUGCUACAACAAUGUUUUACUUGCUUUCUUCCAUGUUUUUGAGUGUCAUCUGCAUGCACGUCUUGCGUAGUUUUUUUUUAAUGGAUUUUGAACCUAAUAUUUGAUUUCUGCUGAGCUGACCAUAUAAAAAUAAAGUGAGCACUGUUUUGAUGGUAAUUUCUUUAGAGCUUAUUGUUUUAAAAAUAGAGUAAGGAGAAAAUGAAAAAAAAAGACUAAGUCGGUAAACCAAAAGUUCCAAUGAAUAUCAUUUUUUAUCACUGUACAAUUAUUGUAGGUUGCUCACAGGAUUUAUUUAUGCUGAUACGUGAGUUCAAAAAUUAAUAAUUAAUCUUUUAUAACAAAACAAUAAAGAUUCACUUAAAGUAAAAAUUUCGGUACCUCAUUUUUUUCCUGCAUUGAUGCAACUAAUUCACCUCAAAGCCAAUAAGUAAUGUCGAUUUGAAAUUAGUUGAUCAAAUUUUACGCUCUUCUACGCAGCUUGCAUCCGUCUCAGUUUUACGCGGUGUAUAUAAAAGUAAACAUUUUUGAAUAAAAUAAAUGCCAACGUUUAUGAAUUGUAAGUUGAUAAUUUGCACUGUUACUGUUUUGGUUUAUUUUAUAAAUAAGAACUCAAGACUUUUGAUGAAAUGUUUAAAGAGUAUCAAAGGAAAAGAAGUGUGACUGUCGGAAGAACUGAAACCGCUAACAAAACGUUUCUAAUUGUUUUUGUAGCAUGAAAAAUAGUUUGUCACAGUUGUUGACUUAAUCUCAGCUGCACUGUUUAUGUUUAUUCCUCAAAUUGUAAGACGAUAAUUGGCUGGAGCGCAAGCGCCCGCAUGUGUUUAAAACAGUGUACGAUUGUUCUCAUUCCGGAAAAUUGAGAAAAACAAGCGAAAAAAACCUUUAACGUAACGAAAAACUAAACCAUACGCUAUCCUUAGUUUUUCUAAUAACGCAUAAGAUUGUAGAAAAGAUUGCUUUCAUUAUAAUAACAUUUACCGUAGAAUUUCUUAUUUGUUUUUCUCAUGUCGUGUUACAAUUAGUUUGCAUUUCUUUAGUUAUCCUAUUACAGUUUCCUCCUUUUUCACAUUAGUUAUAAUAAUAGUUCAUCUUUGUUUCCCUCUUCAAUUAUUUUCUUCCUAAUUUACUUGUUACACUUGUCGCACUUAUAGUAGCGGGGGUAUUUGUUUAAAUUUUAUAUAUUUUUUUUGUUGUAUUUUGCAUACUCCAUUCGUUUACGCCCGGUGUAUCUAUCAUGCACAGUUAGUCCUCACUGUUCUUUUCUGGAACCGACUUCCUCCUCCACUGCUCUUCGUUUUUUUCUUCGUCUUCUGUUUUUUUGUUUAAUGCUGUGCCAAUGUCAGUUUCCCUGUUGGAUGUAGAGUUCAAGGACAAAUGAAAGAUUGAUAUUUCAUCGCCUGCAUUAAAAUAAAAAUGGAAAUUUUUCGAAAAGAUGAAAUCGUAAAUCUUUGGACGUUAGAUUGGGGUCAUUGUUAGAUUUGUUGGGUUGCCACUGCAUUGACGACGUCACUUUCUUCGCUGUCUUGAUCCCGUGGCCACCGAUGCGUUGUUUCGAUUGACAUUCCUUUACUUUCCGCUUCGGGCCUUUUUUCGGGACUAGCUCGCGUCAUCCUAGAACCCUUUAUUCGUAGUUAAAAUAAACCGGUAGGGUUGCGACUAUAUAAUCCACUGUGGCACAAGCCUCGAUGAAGCCUGUUUUAAUGAUCGGAACCAAUGUCAUCGUUCGAAGGUUUUUUGAGUACUUAAAAGCGUCUAGCUCGGACUUCAAGUCUAUUCUUCCGACCAGUUACUUCAAAUAAAGUUUUCCAGACAGUCGCUGAGAAGCAAAUCGUGGUUCGCGACGACGAACGGCCGAACAAUGUUUGGAUGUAAUUCGUGUUCCAAGCAGAUUCGUGAGAAGUGUUGAAAAUGCUUGACACAUCUCGAUAUAGCAAAGAAAGAACUACAACUGUACCAAUAACUCAUCGCUCAUCGCACCUUGGGUUCAAGUCUUUUCGAUUUAUCUUCUCAUAGAAUAUGCAUGUUUCACAAGCACGAAAAAGUAGAUCUAGUUUCUCGUGCUCAUUGAUAUAUUUUCUACCGUAAUACUUUACUUCUACGGAACGUAGCGAGAGGUCCGUAAAUAAUUAUUUAAGUUGUUCGUUUUGAUAAAAUAAACGAGGCCCAAAUUAUAGUUAAAAAACAAGCCAAAAAAACACAAAUUAUAAACAGAACAGGAAAUCCAACAGUGACUUGUCUCUCACCUUACGUCAAUCAUUAGGUCUUGGCAGCCCACACCCCGUUCAGCAGUCCGCGUCUGUCUCUUAUGGGUUGUUGAAGAGUUACUUCCUAGUAGCCGGGAGCGCUGCGCUGUGUACAACUACUUGUCCCACCAGAAGAUUACUGACGACGUUCAUUUUUACAUCAUCUGCCUGGGGGGCUGUGAACCGUGCAAAAGUGUUGUCGACUGUUCUAUGCUUACUUACAAGAGCUUUCUUUAUUUUCGAAAUAAGCCAAUUAAUUUUUCGAUUGGACAACGUAGGCUGCGUGUUGUUUUGUUAGAAAAUUAAAUAUUUUAUUCAACAUAGCUUGCUGUUUAAAUUUGCUGUGUUUCUCCUCGUUUUUUUUUUUGUUUUGGAAUAAGAUGUUCUUCCUUGACCCUCAACCUUUGUUUGCUGAUUUACUUCCUUCUCCUCCUCGCGCUUACUUUUUGAGUUUCUUUACGUAUUUCGCCUGCUGUUUUGGUGUGAUCUCUUUCGCACGGAUAGAUUUCUCCAAUUAUUGAUUUUGCUUGUAUUGAUUUCAUUAAAUUAUUAUAAUAUUUUUAUUAUAUUAUAUUGGUUUUUUUUCUUUAAAUUUAUUAUAAUAAUUAAUGUGUUUCGUUUUUUCUUGCUUUUUUACCGUUGGUUUUUUUUGUUGUUGAAACAUUGUACAAAAAAGGGAACUUGGCUCCUGCCCAUACCAACGCUGAACACGUGCUUCUCUUGUCUCACGCUUGCUCUCUCUCCUGUUUCCUGUCUCUGUCUGUCUGUUUUGCGUUUGUGUUCCUCUGCUCCUGGCAUGAAUUAGGUUUUGUGUCACGUAAAGCUCCUUCGCUUCUUCUUCCCGUUCGACCGUUCGUGUGAUUGAAUUUAACAUUUUUUUUGCUGCUGCUGCUCAAUGUUCUUUAUUACCUCAACUUAUUACUUUUACCAGAAAGUAUUAUCUUAAUUUUUUUUCCUUUAAUUUGUAAUAAUAGCUGUAUACUAAGAGAUGCAACUGUGUCUGUGUGUUUUAGUGUUUACCUCGCUUAUGUAGUUAAUGAUUUUGUUUUGCAACUUGUGUACAGAAGUAGGGGAGGAACGUUUCUUGCAAUAAUAGUUAUCCUCUAUUAUGACUGUGUUGUUGUUGGUUGUAGUAGCGCAAUAGUAGCAGUAGUUGUAAUAGUUGUUGAGUUUUUCUGAACUUUUUCGCUUUAAUAAUCUUAUCGGGGUGUCGUUUCUGUGUGAAGUUGUUGUUCUGUCGGUGCAAUUCGCGGGAUGUAACGAGCAACGGGCGAGGUAUUAGUUUUUAUCAGCAGAUGUGUUGUUCUUGAUGGCAAUCACAGUUUCUUCGUUGCACGAUUUAAGAACGGUACA